UUUUGCUCCGGUGUGACAACGUGGGUUCAGUUCAGCUUACCGGUGUGUAGAAACAGUGUUAUGUGUUUCCAGAUUCCUACUAACUUUCUACGAUGCAGAUUUCCAGUGUGAACGAUGUGAAGAUUUAUAAUUUAAGCCACGGAAAGUCUCUGCCUGAGUGGCUGUCAGAUCGGAAGAAAAGGCAGUUACAGAAGAAAGAUGUGGAUAUCCAGCGCAGGAUUGAGCUCAUUCAGGACUUUGAGAUGCCCACAGUGUGCACCUCAAUCAAAGUGUCUAGAGAUGGUCAGUUCAUCCUGGCAGCAGGCACCUACAAACCCAGGAUUCGCUGUUAUGACACUUACCAGUUGUCCCUGAAGUUUGAGCGCUGUCUGGAUUCAGACGUUGUGGCUUUUGAUAUCCUGUCGGAUGACUACUCAAAGUUGGUGUUUUUGCACAGUGACCGAUAUGUAGAGUUCCACUCACAGCACGGACACUACUACAAAACACGGAUCCCAAAGUUUGGACGGGACUUUUCUUAUCACUACCCCUCCUGUGAUCUAUUUUUUGUGGGGACGAGCUCAGAGGUGUUCAGGCUGAAUCUGGAACAAGGACGUUUCUUAAACUCACUCCAGACAGACGCUGUAGAGAACAAUGUUUGCGACAUCAACCCCGUCCAUCAUUUGUUUGCCACGGGAACCUCUGAGGGAAGGGUUGAAUGCUGGGACCCUCGUGUCCGCAGCAGAGUGGGCAUGCUGGACUGUGCCCUCAGCAGCCUCACUGAAGGAACUGAGGUUCAAGGUUUACCCUCAAUCAGCGCGCUGAAGUUUAACGGCUCCCUCACCAUGGCAGUUGGGACCAGCACAGGACAGGUGCUGCUGUAUGACUUGCGCUCAAACCAGCCUCUGCUAGUUAAAGAUCACUUCUACAACCUGCCAGUCAAAUCCCUCAACUUCCAUGAUCAGCUGGACCUGGUUGUAUCCGCUGACGCCAAAAUCAUAAAAAUCUGGAACAAAGACAAUGGCAAAAUCUUCUCCUCCAUACAGCCUCAGACCAACAUCAACGAUGUUUGCAUCUACCCCAACUCAGGUAUGCUCUUCACUGCCAACGAAGAUCCAAAGAUGAGCACGUUUUACAUCCCGGCUCUGGGCCCUGCACCACGAUGGUGCUCCUUCCUCGACAACCUGACAGAGGAGCUGGAGGAGAGCCCGGAGAGCACUGUGUACGACGACUAUAAGUUUGUCACCCGCAAGGACCUGGAGAAUCUGGGUUUGUCUCACCUUGUGGGAUCAACUAUGCUGAGAGCCUACAUGCACGGCUACUUCAUGGACAUCAGACUAUAUCACAAGGUCAAAAGCAUGGCAAAUCCAUUUGCAUACGAGGAGUACCGUAAGGACAAGAUCCGGCAGAAGAUUGAGGAGUCCAGGACACAGAGAGUGCAAGUAAAGAAACUGCCCAAGGUGAACAAGGAGUUGGCUCUCAAGCUGAUGGAGGAAGGCGACGAUGAACUAGAGAUGGUGGCUAGGAAGAAGAAGGGCAAGGCUCUCCCGAGCAUCCUGGGAGACGACCGCUUCAAGGUGAUGUUUGAAAACCCAGACUUCCAGGUGGACGAGCAAAGCGAAGACUUCCGCCUCCUGAACCCCAUCGUCUCCAAGGUCGAACAGAAGAGGAAGAAGAAGCUGCGACUGCUGGCUAAGCAGGCUGCUGAGUCCCAAAAGGCAGCCGAAGACGAGGAGGAGCCCGAGGGUCGAGCCAGCUCUGAUGAGAGCUCGGAUGACGAUAAGAGCUGGGUGGAGGAGGUGAGGGAGCAGCGCAGGUUGCUGCGACAGGAGGACCGAGACCGCCGACGGCAGGAGAGGAAGGAAGCGGACCGCGGCACCGUCCUGCUGGACGGGGAACGGAACAGAAAAGAGAAAACCACAAAUGGCAUGAAGACAAGUCAGCCGCAGUUUUAUCAGAUUAAAGCCGGGGAAGAGUUCAGAAGUUUUAAUGACAUCGCCCGCAAGCAGAAACUGCAAAAGGCUUCAUUAGAGGAUCGUCUGAAACUAGAGGAGAACUCUGGAACAAACAACAUGGCCGACACUGCAGUGGGCAGCAAACAGCUGACGUUCACUCUCAAAAAGUCAGAGCAGCAGAGGACGCAGCAGCAGGCAGAAUGGGCGCACCACGAGGAGAGAAAGAAGCUGAGGCGCUCAGCCGGACACCUGAGCAGCAGCCGGGGCAGAGGCUGGGGGAGAGGGAGAGGGAGAGGCCGGUACUGAGGAGAGCAGCUCAGUGUUGUCUUCACUGAAAACGUCCACGGCCCACAUCAUGACAGGCACAUGCAGAUGCCUUAAAAAAUGGAUCUUUAAGCUGCAGAGACUCAGUGGAGACGCGAUGCAUCGGUGGCAGAGACUGACGGAGACGAACACACAGGCCUGUCUCUCUCUCCUGGGUGGUCUGGACCAUGUGUUUAGCUGCUCCCUGCAAAUUUCACCCAUACUGAGUAGAAACUCCCUGCGUCUUUUUUAACACUCAGGCCAUUAAAAGUUUCAAGACUGUAAAUUCUUCUGUUGAAUUCUGCUAUCACAGCAAAGAAAGUUUGGUAAUAUGUGUGUAAAAAUGUAUUUUUAAUGCUUUUUGUUGUUUAUUGUUAAAACAACAUGGAUGAACAACUCUUGUACUAUAGAUUACAUUAAGUACAAAACCU